CCAGCCAUGGCCACCCCCCGCAGCCUCCUCGUCCUCCUGCAGGUGCUAGGGCUCGCCCUGGCGCAGAUCAGAGGGCCGCCGGGAGAGCCAGGGCCUCCGGGCCCCCCAGGUCCGCCGGGUGUGCCUGGAUCCGACGGCAUCGACGGUGACAAGGGACCUCCUGGGAAAGCUGGCCCUCCGGGACCCAAGGGAGAACCUGGCAAAGCCGGGCCGGACGGGCCGGAUGGGAAACCAGGGAUUGAUGGUUUGACUGGUGCCAAGGGGGAGCCUGGGCCCAUGGGAGCCCCUGGAGUCAAGGGCCAGCCUGGACUCCCAGGUCCCCCUGGCCUGCCCGGCCCUGGCUUCGCUGGACCUCCUGGACCCCCGGGACCUGUAGGCCUCCCUGGCGAGAUUGGAAUCCCAGGCCCCAAGGGGGAUCCAGGACCAGAAGGACCAUCAGGCCCCCCAGGCCCUCCUGGGAAACCGGGCCGCCCGGGGACCAUCCAGGGCCUGGAAGGCAGCGCAGAUUUCCUGUGUCCAACCAACUGUCCUGCGGGAGCGAAGGGUCCCCCAGGGCUCCAGGGUGUGAAGGGGCACCCUGGCAAGCGUGGAGUGCUCGGUGAUCCUGGCCGCCAGGGGAAGCCGGGUCCCAAGGGCAAUGCAGGAGCCCCUGGAGAGCAAGGCAUUCCUGGACCCCCGGGUCCACAGGGCAUCAGGGGCUACCCAGGUGUGGCGGGACCCAAGGGAGAAACGGGUCCUCAAGGGUACAAAGGUAUGGUGGGCUCUGUCGGCGCCGCAGGGCCUCCGGGUGAAGAAGGUCCGAGGGGACCACCAGGCCGAGUCGGGGAGAAGGGGGAUGUGGGCAGCCAAGGUGUUCCUGGAGUCCAAGGGCUAACAGGUCCGAAGGGAGCAACCGGACCCCCAGGCAUCAACGGCAAGGAUGGGACUCCAGGCAUCCCUGGCAUGAAGGGUAGCACGGGGAAGGCAGGGCGGCCAGGGAGCCAAGGCCACCAGGGUCUGGCGGGUGUGCCAGGCCAGCCUGGGGCUAAAGGAGGACCUGGAGACAAGGGCGAGCCAGGCCAGCAGGGCCUCCCUGGAUUCUCUGGUCCCCCUGGGAAAGAGGGAGAGCCAGGACCUCGGGGAGAAAUUGGCCCACGUGGCAUCCUAGGGCAGAAGGGUGACCAGGGAGAGAGGGGCCCAGUGGGUCAGCCAGGCCUCCAAGGACGCCAGGGCCCCAAGGGGGAGCAAGGACCCCCCGGAAUUCCGGGGCCCCAAGGCUUGCCAGGCAUCAAGGGUGACAAGGGCUCCCCCGGGAAGACCGGGCCCCGCGGUGGAGUGGGCGACCCAGGUGUGGCCGGCCUCCCCGGAGAGAAAGGCGAGAAGGGCGAGACUGGAGCGCCAGGACCCAAAGGACAGCCAGGAGUGCGUGGAGAACCCGGCUACCCCGGCCCCAGCGGGGAUGCGGGCGCCCCCGGCGUGCAGGGCUACCCCGGGCUGCCCGGGCCUCGAGGACUGGCUGGAGACCGCGGUGUGCCAGGCCAGCCCGGGAGACAGGGCGUGGCGGGCCGCGAUCCCAGUGACCAGCACAUCGUGGACGUGGUGGUGAAGAUGUUGCAAGAGCAACUGGCAGAGGUGGCUGUGAGUGCCAAGCGUGGGGCUCUGGGUGCCGUGGGCAUCAUGGGUCCCCCGGGCCCCCCGGGGCCGCCUGGAUACCCAGGCAAGCAGGGUCCCCAGGGGCACCCUGGCCCUCGAGGCAUACCUGGCAUCGUGGGAGCCGUGGGUCAGAUUGGCAACACGGGGCCAAAGGGAAAACGCGGCGAGAAGGGGGAUCAAGGAGAAGUCGGACGCGGACACCCGGGGAUGCCUGGACCCCCAGGAAUCCCAGGACUCCCUGGCCGGCCUGGCCAGGCCAUCAAUGGCAAGGAUGGAGACCGGGGAUCCCCAGGGGCUCCUGGAGAGGCUGGCCGACCUGGCCUGCCAGGGCCCGUGGGGCUGCCGGGUUUCUGUGAACCCGCAGCCUGCCUGGGGGCUUCUGCCUACACCUCGGCCCGCCUCACGGAGCCGGGAUCCAUCAAGGGACCGUGAGCAUGACCAGGAUGGAGCCCAGCAGCCAUGCGGUGGGGAAGGAUCAGGUCCACUCCAGCAGGAUGUGCACCUGCUGCCUCCCAGGGGACUUGCUGCCCCAGGAUCUUCCGGCUGGGACCUGCAAGUCCUGAAGAACCAGAAUCUAACAUAUGUGGGACAGCGGGGGUGGGGGGGCAGGGGCAGAGGCAUGCCAAGGUGAGGCCCACGGCC